GGCGAAAGGGGCGGGCGGAGGGUUGCUCGGAGUCAGGAAACCUGGUCGUUGUUCUCAGGGCCGCCUGAAGAUAAAAUUGCGCGCAACAGCUUAUAAAUCCGCGGCUCUGUCAUGGGGGAGAAAGUGGUGCCGCGCCGGGAGACAUGCAGCGAAGGCGAGGUAUUUCCCUUGAUUUGCUCCAACUCUCAUUAUGCCUGGUGUCAGAUUCUCAAUAUGUCUGAGCUACAAGCUUCUUUCUUUGCUUAUUCCAGCAAAUAUCUCAAUGAAACUGAGCCGAGUUUUUCCAUUCCCCUAAGAAACACAUACAGGCUAUAUGUAGGUGUGGUCUUGGCCAUCGGGUCCAGCAUCUUCAUUGGUUUCAGCUUUAUACUAAAAAAGAAGGGUCUUUUGCAGUUGGCUGAAAAGGGAUGCACUAGAGCUGGACAGGGUGGAUAUUCAUAUCUGAAGGAAUGGCUGUGGUGGGCAGGGCUGCUUUUAAUGGGAAUAGGAGAAGCAGCUAACUUUGCCGCCUAUGCCUUUGCGCCGGCAACUUUGGUAACCCCGCUGGGUGCACUGAGUGUUCUUCUAAGUUCAGUGCUCUCUUCCUAUUUUUUCAAUGAAAAACUUAAUAUCCAUGGGAAGCUGGGCUGCAUUUUAAGCAUUUUGGGGUCUACUGUGAUGGUAAUUCAUGCUCCUGAAGAGGAGGAAAUUACAUCGCUGGAUGAAAUGGAAAUUAAGUUAAAAGAUCCAGUAUUCAUUGGAUUUUCUGCAAUUAUAAUUGUCGCCUUGCUGGUGCUCAUUUUUGCUGUUGCUCCGAAACUAGGCCAGACAAAUAUCCUGGUCUACAUCUCUAUUUGUUCGGUGAUUGGUGCAUUUUCAGUCUCCUCUGUCAAGGGGCUGGGUAUUGCUAUUAAAGACAUGCUACAACAAAGGCCAGUUUUCCAACAUCCCUUGGUUUAUAUUUUGGGCAUGGUUUUGGUGCUGUCUGUCAGUACUCAGAUUAUUUAUCUCAAUAAAUCGCUGGAUGUAUUUAAUACAUCUCUAGUGACGCCUAUUUAUUAUGUGUGCUUCACAACUACAGUGGUGGUCUGCUCUGCCAUCCUCUUUAAGGAAUGGAAUAGCAUGGAGCUUGAUGACAUCAUUGGGACUUUGAGUGGAUUUUCCACCAUCAUUAUUGGCAUUUUCUUUCUACAUGUAUUCAGUAAUGUCAUGAUCACAUGGAGACAGUUGGCGUCUUCCAUUAAAAGAGAGGCAGUGUUACCUCUCCAUGAUUAUGAAGCUCAUCAUACUUUACUAGACAACAUGGAGGCUUCAGCCUUGCAGAGUGACGAGGACAACACUGUUCAAUGGAGAAAAUGAGCAACAGAAUGGUAAUCUUUAAGUCACCACCAACUGCAAAAAGAGCUGACCAGAAACAUCUUCAGAAAACUUACAUGAUCAGCCCAGGAGGGUACUUGAAGAGACAAAAACAGCAGCUGUGGAGUUUCCUGAUGGGACAGAAAAGCCAAUGUAAUAAUUAUGUUUUCAGGUGUUUCUUCUCUUUGGCAGAAUAUGAACUUCAGUGAUGAUUGUAAUGCUGUUUGGAAGACUGCGGCUUUGCUAAAUAACUGAAUUAUAUAUUUAAGUGUAAUUAAUUUUCAUAAAUAGUAUUUUAUACUUUUACUGUGUUUAAAAUACACACUCAGAGAAUGAAUUUACAGUUAGCUUGGUGUAGGCAAUCAUGACCUUCCUCAAAGCAUCAACUUCAUAUAAUGUUUUCAUUUUAUUCCCAAAGUUCUUUCACCCAGCAAAUGUCAACAAGAAAAAAGCACUCUUCAGGCAUUACAUACUAGCAAAGAACUGUGUAUUCAUUAAAAAAAAUCUUUCAUGAAAUCUGGAUCCUUAUAUAAAUAUUUUUAUUGUUUUCUUAAAAACAAUCUUUAGUUAUAUUUUUCCUACUAUUUUCAGUGAAGACAAGUUUUGUUAAUUAUCAGUUUUGAGUAUCAAUCAGUAUGUUUUGAACUUCUGUGCUUGGGUUGAGAGAUUCCACACAGUGGUUCUUAACCUUUGUUACUCAGACGCUUUUGAACUGCAACUCCCAGAAACCCCAGUCAGCACAGC